CCCUCCAGCACUUCCAGAGCAGUAACAGUGCUUAAAGUGGAUAUAAUGGACACUCUCAUGCAGUUUGGAAAGGAAAAUGGGGAGCAUGUCUUCCACCCCUCAAAGCGUAACCAAGGUUCAUUUAUUCAGCCUUCUAAAGGACUUGGCAUGAAGAAAUCCAGUGGUCUGAAUGCAUCUAAAGUACAGCCACUCAGAAAAGUAUUGGGAAAUGUGAAUCAACAUGUGCCAGACAGGUACUCCUCAACCAAGAUGAAGCAAAAGAAGCAGGUACAUCCCAAGAAUAAGACUUAUCCUGACAUUGAGACCUUCAUCCCAUACAAUCCUCUUGAUUUUGAGACCUUUGAUGUCCCUGAAGAGCACAGGCUGGGCAACCACUGUCUCGCUGGCAUAAAACUCUUUAUUUCUUCAGCUGAUGCAAAGCAUUUUGAAGCACUUACUAGCCCAAUUCUUUCACCAAUGAAAACUGAUCCGAUAAGCUAUGAUGCCAAUGAGACAUUAAUUCCUGUAUUUGAAGACUUCAUAAUUGACUUGCCUUUUGUCUGACUUUUAGAGACCUGUGUGAAUUUUAUUUUAUUAAACCUGU